AUGGAUGCAAACCCAUCAAUCCCUCACCAGCCACAAGUGUCACAUAGCCAGCAGAUAGAAUGUGACCUUGAGAGCUGUGACCUUCACCCCAUUCAGCCAGUCAAUGUGAGGCUCUCCACCUACACCCGACACUCAAGUCCAUCUCCUCUUAGGAUUCCAGUGGAUGGAAUUUAUCAGUCCAAAGCUGACACAGCAACAGCCAAUGAACCACUGAAGUCAACAACAACAUCUCCAAGGAGGCCUAGAUACAGAAUGCCAAAAUCUCAUCAAAUAUCUCACUGCCAGAUUCUUGAGUCCAGUCCUACUCCCUUGAGACUUGAUAACAGAUUACGUUAUCCACAGUAUCUCACCAGAUCUCAUACCAGACAUCCAUCACCUCUCACAUUGAUGAAUCUUCACCUGGGAUCAAGAUAUCUCACCCGAUCUCGAGUGAAGUUGUGGAAGCAGAAAGGGAAACAACCAUGUCCUAUCCAUGGAAAAAUAAUUCGAAGACAGCUUCCUCGACACCAAUCCACACCAAAGCUUCAGCUUGGACCUGCCUCCCAAAAUCAUCAGCCUAGUCCUGUGGAGAUUAAAGCAAGGCAAGGCCUCACCAAAAUCUUCUCCAGUAAUGUUCAACAAAGAAGUGGACAUGCAGCCAGCUAUGUACCAACACCUCAAAGAAUGAAGGCUAAUCCAAAAGAAAGGGAAACCACACCUAGAAAGAAAGGCCUUGUUACAAAGAUAAGAAAAUUUGCCUCCAGGGUCCAGAAGAGUGUCUCUAAGGUUGUCCAAAGAAGACAGACUAUAGAUGUGUCAGAUUCCUCCAAUGUUCAACAGGCCAGUGAUGUCCAGUGGGUUGAGCUGAACUCCAGGCAGAAGCAGAACUACUUCACUGGUUCAACAGAGGAUCUGGACUCCAGUCUACCUAUUACAUGCUUCAGGGCAAAAAAAGUAAAAGUCACCAAACCAAACCCUUCCAAAGCCCACAUCAGAAGAAUGAUGAAGGAGAAACAGAAGAGGGCCCUGUCUACACCUGCCAGAGCCAAAAGACUUUCCAUUCUACAAUCACCCAGCAAGAUGCCAUUUGACAAGCCAUGUGAUGCCUCAGUAGAUACCACUACUCAGCAGGAAACCAAUGGAACAACUGAUCACAACAUUGUUACAUCACCAGUCAGCCUUGCUACAACUCAAAGGCCUUCUCCAAAGUCAGAGGACCAACAACUCAAAGUACCACCAAUCAUCAUCAAGAAAACUGCUGUAGUGACAACAAAGCCUAGCAUGGAAACCCAGAAAGUGCCCCCCAUUGUCAUCAGCAGGACAAACACUGUUGUUAAUCCUCUUACUCCUCCAACCAUGGACUCAAGCAGCCAGGAAUCCUCAUGUGACUCCUCCUGCCUGACAGAAAGCAGCCACGCAUCUUCACAAGAUUCACAGGAGCAGGCAACUAGCGCUUCAUCUACACACAAAGUAUAUACCACUGUUCCACCACGUCAAAGGGAUUACACAUGGAUAUCACCAAUCAUACGAUCCAAAGUACAGAGAUUUGUAGAAGGGUCAACCACUGAGUUGUCAUCAUCACAAGGACAGAACUUGCCAUCUACCAUUAGUCUGCCCGAGAAAGCUCCAGUCAACUCUCAGAGACAAACAGUAUGUCCAGCCAUCCAAAUAGCCAGUACAGAAGGAUCAGCAUCAAGGCAGCCUGUACAUGCAACUCAACUGGAAUCCUCUGCAAUAAGGUCUACAAUGGGGCCAUCAUCUUCAGCCACAAUGAAACCUCUACUAGUUGUAUCAACCUCAGCCGCAAUGAAACCCCUUCCAGUGUCAUCAACUUCAGCCACAACGAAACCUCAAUCAGUGCCAUCAACUUCAGCCACAAUGAAAUCUCUACCAGUGUCAUCAACUUCAGCCACAAUGAAACCUCAAUCAUUGCCAUCAACUUCAGCCACAAUGAAACCCCUUCCAGUGUCAUCAACUUCAGCCACAAUGAAACCUCUACCAGUGCCAUCAGCUUCAGCCACAAUGAAACCUCUACCAGUGCAAUCAACUUCAGUCACAAUGAAACCCCUACCAGUGGUGUCAUCAACUCCAGCAGUCUUGGCAUCCCAAAGCAUGUCAUCUACUUCAGCAACAGGUAGACCUCAACAGGAUCCAUCCAAUUCCCUGCUGUUGUCAGAUACUUUUCAAUCAGCUUUGAUUACCAGGAGUAAUGUGACAAUAAAAGAGGAGGCCAGAAACUACCUAAGAUACAUCUACAAGUUUGGGAAAACGAAGGAGCAAAUGAUAGAUUUACUAUCAUCAACACUGAGACGUUUUGUUAAGCAUCAGGACACAUACUUGCUCAUACUUAAUCAUCUCAUUCAAAAUGGUUCCUUGACGCAACAAGAUGUCCUGCUCAUCAAACUUGCAAUUCAACAGAGGAAGAAUGCAGAUGCCUCAGCCCAACAGAGAACAAACUCAGCAUCAUCUCAAGGGAACUCCACUUCUCAUCCUUCAGUAACUCAGCAGUCAUCAACACAAACAGCUCAGAUGAUCAAUCCACUUCAGAAACCACAGCAAGCACAACAACUGACUCAUGCGGUGCUUCCACAGAGGGAAAGAACUCAGCAAUCCCCAGCACUUAGUGUUCCUCAGUUUCCACAGAUGCCUUCACAGAUGUUUCCAUCUCAUCAAAUUCCUGCUCAGCAACCAUUCCAGAUGUCUAACCAAUCAACAGUGCCCCAGCAUCUUCCAUCACAGCCAAUCAGCUCACAGAUGUUUCAGUCCAAGCCCAUGAAUAGUAUGGUACAACCUUCUCAAGAGAUUUCUGUACCUGUGGCAAACAUCCAUACAAGUCAGCUUCCACAACCUCAGGAGAGACCUUCAUCGCUACAGAUUCCACACUCAGUGAACACUUCUCAGCAGAUGCAAUCCAUGAUGCAGAAUCCUCUGCAGAGGACUCAGCUGCCAUCUUUUCAACAGGGGCUACCACCAGGACAGCUGCCUUCACAACAGAGGUAUACAGAGACACUUGUCACUCCUUCAGUGUGUUAUCCACAGCAGUCAAAUUUACUGGCUCCAUCAUCCCUCCAAGCAGCACCAACAGGGGCUACGUCUGUACCUCCACUCUUUACGCUGUCCUGUUCUGUAAACCAUACAGCAGAGCCACCUAGCUGUCAUUCAGUGCCAAGCCCUCCUAGUACCUCAACAGCUUCCUCUGUUUCAAAGGAGGCUUCCUCUGCACCACCUGGUCCAAUUCACCAAGUACCACUCUCCACCACCAGUGUUGCUACACAACAUCCAAGAAGUCUCUUAACAAAUCCAGUUGAUUGUCAUAUUUCGGGAUCAGUGACCUCCAGUAACCAAGACAAACCAACAACUGCCUUGGCAAUGAUCAUCCCAAGCAUCCGGGUCCAUCAGAGUGAGCAGACUCUACAUGAUGACAUCAGAAUCCUCACUGCCACAUCCUCCUUGUAUCCAAAAUCUAAGAAGCGUUUGUUUCCAGAGGAAUCUGCUGCAGAGGACACCAACCAAUUUCCAUUGAAGAAAAGAAAAAUUAGCUACUUGGACCUUCAUGCCCAGAACCGAGCCUGGACCUCUGCAAGCAUCAAGUCAAACCCUGAUGAUUGCAAGCAAUGUGAUGGAAUCAACGAGAUCCUACAUGAGACUCCAGAAAACCUCGACAGAAUCUGGAUCACCAGGCCGACCGAACGUGCCCCAGUAACCAUCACACCAGUCGAUCUGUGGUCACUGUGCUCAGAUGUAAGAGGCAAACCCCACCUGUUGGCAAAGAGAUUAGUUUGGAGGUUAUUCACAGUUCAUCAGCUUUAUGGCAACCGGUUCAACAGUCUGGAUGAGGGCCUGACUACCAAGAUCCGGGAAGCCGUUAUGUGGUCGACAGAGUGCAACAGGGAGCACUGGGACAAAAAGUGUGUGCCUUUUAUCAACAAUGGCAUCCGGUACCUCUUCAACGAGAAACUCCGCAAGUAUGAGCAUCUCCUGAACCACACCUGCCCUCCAACUGAAGCCCACAUGGAAUCAGAGCAGCCUUGUAUGGACCUUGUGCCAGUCUAAGAGAAAUGGAAUGUUCUUGCCAAAAUCUAGUCUUGCAAAGCUACAAAAUUCUAUAAAUGAAUGUGUCUCUGACAGAAGUGAUGUAUAUACCAGUGAAUAUGUGCGACUCUCCUUAAUUCAAUGUGUGUGAUUUUAUUGAAGCAUUCCUCUGAACUGUGUUUACUGUCUAGUAUCCUUGCAAGAAGACAACUUCUUUAGUACUCCAUAAACUGAAUAUCUGGUCUUUGACUUUUUGUUCAUUUAUUAUUGAUUAACUCAGUGAUAAUGUCAUAAAGUAAAGAAGACAUUUGCAUUGAGAGUGUGUGUAAAAAAAAAAGAGCUAUACAUGUAUACGACUUAAUGUAAAUAUAUGUUCUGAAAUCUUGAGGAAAAUGUUUCUGUAACAGAGAUUAUCAUGAAAUG